AUGGACAGACAUUUGUUAUUGUGUGUAUUAAAUUUUUUUGUUUAUUGUGUAAAACUGAAAAAAAAGUUAAAACUCAAAAAUAUAAUCAAACAAAAAAUUUCAUUGAACACAUUAUUUGUUAGUGAAAAUUUAUCUUUUUCUUCGAUAAUAUUUUUUCAUAGAACAUUAGAAAAAUGCUCGGAAGUUGGCGAAAUAAAAAAGUACCUUCGAAUAAUGAAGCGGAUUCAUCUUCGCAGGCAAAGAAAGCUCUUUCAUCUAGAGAUCUAUUUCUUCCGCGAGAUAUACAAGAAUUGAAAGACGAUCUUCCAUCAACAUGCAAAUUCAUAGUACCAAAUCCCAACGAAUUACAUAUUCUAGAGUUAUGGAUUACACCGCCACGUGAAUCAAUGUGGUAUGGCGGCCGAUUCAAAUUUGUUAUCGAUAUACCAUUGGAAUAUAAAUAUGCACCACCAAAAGUACGGUGUCUAACACGUAUCUAUCAUCCAAAUAUAAAUGAAUCGGGUGAAAUUUGUUUGAGUAUCUUACGGGUUAGUUUCGAUGAAAAUGGUUGGCUACCGACACGGUCAUUGAAGGAUAUUGUCUGUGGUCUCAAUUCAUUAUUCACUGAUCUAUUGAACUUCGAAGAUCCACUCAAUUCGGCAGCAGCAGAACAUUAUCUUCGUGAUCCAAGGGGAUUUGCACGUCAAGUAAAACAAUAUAUCGACCGAUAUUGUUCACAUUAAACAUUAAAUAAAGAAUUUUUCAAUUCAA